AUUGGCGCCAUAUUGUAGGAAAUCCGUCGCGGGACUGGCGGAUUACGGAGUUUGUUUAAUCCGGGAGCACGAGAAAGAGCACGAGAGCAGUCUGCUACCUAGCCGUGGGUCAGCCUGCGGACGGGCGCGAGGGAAGCAGUCUCACUUCCAGGUGCCUAGAUGGACUGGAGGAUAAAACGGCACUGGCAUUCUGCGACAUUUAGAUAGUUAACGUGAUUCUUUUAUCGUAAGCAAAGUGGGGGAAACUGAUUUUUUAAAAAUAUUAAAUUUAUAUAUUUUUCAAAUAGCCAUUUUUCCAUACGGUCUGCAUUUUACUUUGCUACCCCGGGUAGCUAGCUAGCUAGCUAAUCCCGUCAGUCACAGGAAUUGACAGCAGCUGGAUAGCUACCCAGCGAAAGCUGAAACCGGUAGUUAGCGAGCGUGUUACGAAUAACAGCAUUUCUGUAGUCCGGGAAGGUCCCCCUAAUUCCCUUCCCACCUCGCCGGGUAGGGACGCCCGUCUAACUGUAAUCCUUGAACUCGGGCUGCUAGCCGACCGGCUGGCUAGCGGGUAACGAGGCGUUUUACUUAUUUACUUUUAUUGUUAACAACCGAACGAAGGAUUUAUCAGAUUGUGACGAGCUAAUCAAAUUCCCGAGGAGAGCGAAAAUGUCAGGGAGACCAGACCCGAAUAAACAGUCUACCACCGAGCGUCUCGUUAAAGCAGUGCCGUUCCCUCCCCACCAACGACUCUCCAUGAAGGAGCUGUUUGAAGAUGGCAAGCCCAAGGUGGAACUACUGAAGAACCACCUUGUGAAGGAGGGCCGCCUGGAGGAGGAGGUGGCACUGCGCAUCAUCAACGACGGUGCCAAAAUCCUGCGCCAGGAGAAGUGCAUGCUAGAGGUGGAGGCACCCAUCACAGUGUGUGGUGAUGUUCACGGACAGUUCUUCGACUUGAUGAAGCUCUUUGAGGUCGGGGGUUCACCAAACAACACGCGUUACCUCUUUCUGGGAGACUAUGUGGACCGAGGAUACUUCAGCAUUGAGUGUGUGUUGUUCCUUUGGACCCUCAAGAUCAACCACCCGACAACACUCUUUCUCCUCAGAGGCAACCAUGAGUGUCGGCAUCUCACAGAAUAUUUCACCUUCAAACAGGAGUGUAAGAGCAGCUUCCCGAGUUGGUGUGAAUUUGUCACUGCAUGCAGUGGGUCUUUCGACUGCCUGCCCCUUGCCGCCCUCCUUAACCAGCAGUUUCUCUGUGUGCAUGGAGGUCUGUCUCCAGAGAUCACCUGCCUAGACGACAUUCGAAAGUUGGACAGGUUCAAGGAGCCACCGGCGUUUGGGCCCAUGUGUGACCUGCUGUGGUCAGACCCUGGAGAGGACUAUGGCAGCGAGAAGACCUCUGAACACUUCAACCACAACUCUGUGAGAGGCUGCUCCUAUUUUUUCAGCUAUCAUGCAGUAUGUGACUUUUUGCUAAACAACAAUUUGUUGUCUGUAAUACGAGCACAUGAAGCUCAGGAUGCGGGGUAUCGAAUGUACAGAAAAAGCCAGACAACCGGUUUUCCCUCAUUAAUCACAAUUUUUUCAGCACCAAACUACCUAGACGUGUAUAACAACAAAGCUGCUGUUUUGAAGUAUGAGAACAAUGUAAUGAACAUCCGACAAUUUAACUGCUCUCCUCACCCAUACUGGCUGCCCAACUUCAUGGAUGUUUUCACGUGGUCGCUGCCCUUUGUAGGAGAGAAAGUGACGGAGAUGCUGGUGAACGUCCUGAACAUCUGCUCUGAUGAUGAACUCAUGUCCGAGGGAGAUGACACAUGCGAGGGAGGCACCCCAGCUGCAAGGAAGGAGGUCAUCAGGAACAAGAUCCGUGCCAUCGGCAAGAUGGCUAGGGUCUUCUCCGUGCUCCGAGAGGAGAGCGAGAGUGUACUGCAGCUGAAAGGAUUGACGCCCACCGGGACCCUGCCCAUGGGCGUGCUGUCGGGAGGUCGGCAGACACUGGAGAGUGCCACCAUAGAAGCAGAAGAGGCACGAGCCAUCCAGGGCUUUUCUCCCCAGCAUAAGAUCCGGAGCUUCGAAGAGGCGCGCGGCCUGGACCGGAUAAAUGAGAGGAGGCCCCCCCGCAGAGAUGGCCAGCAGGCCGACAGUGCCCUCAACUCCAUCAACGCAGCCAACUCUCCCAGCAAGAAUGGCACAGACCUCCAUUCACAGUAGCC